AUGCCGAUUCCAUCCCUGCCCCUCUUCGCUGCGGCGGAGCAACAUGCGCGCGAGAAUCCCGAGAAGAUCGCGGUCGUCGACACCACCAAACAACAGUCCUUUACAUUCGUUCAGUUAUUGGCUGAUGCUGCUGCAUUAAGGAAGCGCAUUCUUGAGGAAUUGGGGCUAAAGGAAGACCUGGGAGAACGGCGCAUUGCUUUCUUGGUUCCCAAUGGAUACGACUACGUCGCCACGCAAUGGGCCGUGUGGGCAGCAGGAGGUGUCUGUGUUCCACUUUGCACAAGUCACCCAGUGAAGGAACUGCUAUAUACCGUCGGUGAUUCGGACCCCUCGUUGAUUAUUGUACACCCAUAUUUCGAGAAGCUCGCGCCUGCACUGCGCGAAGGAUGUUCCACCGAUAUUUCCUUCAUGGGACUGGAGCCAUUCUCCAAGAACGAAGCGCCGACUCUGCCUUCUUUCGUCCCAUCGUUUGACCUCACCCGCCGCGCUCUGAUGAUCUACACCUCGGGAACGACAUCAAACCCAAAGGGCUGCGUGACAACGCACGAAACUAUCACUUUCCAAGCGAGCUGUCUGGUCAAGGCCUGGAAGUACAGCCCAUCAGACACUCUCAUCCACGUGCUGCCGCUCCACCACAUCCACGGUAUCAUCAAUGGACUGACCGCCAGUUUCCUAAGCGGUGCCACUGUGGAGAUGCAUGCGAAGUUUGACCCGAAGGUGAUCUGGGAGCGGUGGCAGGACCGCGGCUCCUCGACUUUGUUUAUGGCUGUGCCAACCAUCUACUCCCGCCUCAAUGACUACUUCGACGCUCAUAUUCGCGGCACGGACCAAGAAGCUUCCGCGCGAGCUGGAGCUCGUGCUCUGCGGUUGCUCGUCAGUGGAUCUGCGGCACUUCCUACUCCCAUCAAAAAUAAAUUUGCCGAGAUCACUGGUCAGGUUUUGUUGGAGCGGUAUGGAAUGACUGAGAUUGGCAUGGCCCUCAGCUGUGGCCUAGAGAUUGAGAAGCGAAUUGAUGGCAGUGUAGGAUGGCCGUUGCCUGGGGUACAGGUACGGCUGACCGAGAAAGAGACCGGUCAAAUCGUCGAUGGGGUGGACGAGGACGGCAUGAUUGAGAUCAAGGGCGGCAAUGUCUUCCGCGAGUACUGGCGCAAACCGGAGGCGACAGCCUCGGAGUUCACCGCGGAUGGAUGGUUCAAGACCGGCGAUGUCGCGAAGCGUGAUUCAAACGGUGCAUACUUCAUCCAAGGCCGUGCUUCGGUCGAUCUGAUCAAAUCGGGUGGAUACAAGAUCUCGGCGCUGGAAGUUGAGCGCAAGAUGCUGGCCUUGGACACGAUACAGGAAGUUGCCGUGGUAGGGCUGGCAGACGAGGAAUGGGGCCAGCGAGUUGCUGCAGUUGUCAAGUUCCGCGAAGGGACUACACCGCUAGAACUCCCUGCUCUGCGCGCCGAACUCAAAAACGAGAUGGCUCCUUAUAAGAUCCCCACCGUUUUGAAGGUCGUUGAAGGGAUUGAGCGCAAUGCUAUGGGCAAAAUUAACAAGAAGGUCAUUAUACAGAAGUACUGGCCAGACAAAGCAUGA